GGACUCCCGCAGCGCGAUCACCUCGCUCCUCCGCGCGCGGCAGCCUCACUGAAGGAAUGUGCGUGUGCACCUGGACGUCCUCCUCUUGUUGCUCCUGGCCGUUGCGGCCCCGAAGAUCCCCUGCGUGGUGAUCAGGGCUCGCCCCCCCCACCCCCACCCCGACCCCCAUCACCUCCGUCCGCUCGGAUCCUAUACACGAUGACAAGCACCGAGGGGGCUUCGGAGCGCGCAGAGCCGCCGUGCAUCCGGCCGGAGCCCCCGGUGGACGCGCACUCGCCGGGGAAGGCGACGGCCAGUGGCGGCUGCGCUGUCAUCACGGACGGCGGCUCCAAAGUGACGGCCAACGGGGUGCACGACUUGGAGAACCGGAUCCUGAGGAUCACCGGCUACUACGGCUACAACCGGGGCUACUCCAGCCACAAAAGAGAGGAUGGUUCAGAGUCCAACGCAGAGACACCAGGCAGCGAGACCAGCGAUGAGAGCCGGUCCUAUCAAACAUGUACCAACACGGCUGUGAAGGUGCUGGGUGGUCUUCUGCUGGUGCUGUGUGUCUCCUCCUCCUGGGUGGGUACCACUCAGGUGGUUAAACUGACCUUCCAGUCUUUCUCCUGUCCCUUCUUCAUCUCCUGGUUCAGCAGCAACUGGAACAUCUUCUUCUUUCCCAUCUAUUACUCCGGACUUGUGGUUACCACACGUGAGAAGCAGACGCCCAUACAGAAAUUCAGGGAGUGCAGCAGGCUCUUUGGGGAAGACGGGAUGACUCUCAAGCUUUUCGUAAAGAGAACUGCCCCCUUCUCCAUCCUGUGGACACUGACCAACUACCUGUACCUCAUGGCCUUGAAAAAACUCACCGCCACCGAUGUCUCCGCCCUGUACUGCUGCCACAAGGCUUUCGUCUUUCUCCUGUCCUGGAUCGUUCUGAAGGACCGUUUCAUGGGUGUUCGGAUUGUGGCGGCCAUCAUGGCCAUCACAGGUAUCGUGAUGAUGGCGUACGCGGACGGUUUCCAUGGGGACUCCUUUGUGGGCGUGGCAUUGGCUGUGGGGUCCGCCAGCACAUCAGCUCUCUACAAGGUGCUGUUCAAGAUGUUCCUGGGCAGUGCCAACAUCGGAGAAGUGGCUCACUUCCUUUCCACCAUGGGCUUCUUCAAUCUCAUCUUCAUCUCCUGUGUGCCCCUCAUCCUCUACUUCACCAAAGUGGAGCACUGGGGCUCCCUGUCCUCGCUACCCUGGGGGUACCUGUGUGGACUGGCAGGACUGUGGCUGGUGUUCAACAUCUUGGUCCACGUUGGCGUGGUGCUGACGUACCCCAUUCUCAUCUCCAUAGGCACACUGCUCAGCGUCCCGGGAAAUGCAGCUGUGGACGUUUUGAAACACGAGGUGAUCUUCAGUGUCGUGCGCCUGGCGGCCACCUGCAUCAUCUGCCUGGGCUUCCUGCUCCUGCUGCUCCCGGAGGAGUGGGACUCGGCCACCCUGCGCUUCCUGGCCUCCAUCGCAGACAAGAAGCCCGAGGAGCACGGCGAGGAGCUGACGGAGUCCAGCGUCAACACUCGGAGCCGCAGCCGGGCCAACGGCACCGUCUCCAUUCCCCUGGCGUGAGCCCGGCUGAGCUGUGGCAGCGUUCUUAAAGCCCCGUCGGCUCACGCUCCUGCAUUGGGUGGCAGGACGAUCGCUCCUCAUGGACCCUCUCUGGAGAUGCGUCUCUGUCCCAGCACACUUCACUGCGCGAGGGCGAAAGGAAAGCAUUCACGGAGUUUGCUAUUUGAAAGUGUUAUUUACUUUCUUGUAAUAUUUGCCGCGCUCAGUCCUGUUCCUCGCACGUACCCAAAGCAACAGCCGACCGGCCUCCCCUGACCUGUGGACUGUAUUCUGUGAAUAUAAAUAGUGGCAGGGCCAAUUUGGCUCAAUCUAGUAUGUAUUUAUGAUAUUUGCCUUAGAGUUGUACCGAUAAGAGUAUUAUUAAGUCAUUGAUUAGCAUUAUAUUAAAGAAUGGCAAUUAUAUUAUGCGUGAUGUACAGGCUCCUUUGGUUUUGUAAUAAAAGACUUAAAACUCA